GCUGGUUUUUUCUCCAAAAACUUGCAACUGCCACUCCCUAUAUAUACAUCUCUCUUUCUCCAUCUUCUCUUCAAGUUUCUACCCAUUAAUUUCUUCUUCUCUAUCACAUUCUGUCAAUUUCUUACCUACCCAUAUGUCUCAUGCAGUGGGUGCUGUACUCCAUCGUCCUGAUGAAGAAGAUCAUCAGUAUCAUAAAGGAGUGAAGUAUCUCUGCGAAAGAGGGAUAACGAAAGUUCCUACAAAAUACAUAUUACCAGUACUGGAACGUCCUAAUACAGGGAACAAGGAUGGUAACUUCUCUAAUGAUCAUGAUCUCAGUUUACCAGUCAUCGAUUUUGCACAAUUACAAGGCUCAAACAGAGUUCAAGCUCUCCAAUCUCUUUCCAGAGCUUGUGAAGAAUAUGGAUUCUUCCAGUUGAUAAACCAUGGCAUUUCAAGUGAAGCUACAAGUAGUAUGGUUCAAGAGGGUAGGAAAUUUUUUGAGCUCCCUUUUGAGAAGAGAUCCAAAUACAUGUCCAAAGACAUGUUUUCACCUGCAAGAUAUGGAACGAGUUUCAACCAGAACAAAGAUAGGGUGUUUUGCUGGAGAGAUUUCUUAAAGCUUAAUUGCCAUCCCCUCUCUGAAACUCUUCCUUUUUGGCCUUCCUCUCCUUCAGAACUAAGGGAAGCAGCGGUUAACUACUCUAAACAAACAAAAUUCUUGUAUAUGAUGCUUGUGGAGGCAAUCCUGGAGAGUUUAGGACUUGUGGAAAACAACAAAAGUGGUCCUGAAAACGAUAGUUACUUAAAUGAAUUUGAAGAUGGAAGCCAAAUCAUAGUGUUGAAUUGCUACCCUUCAUGUCCUGAACCUGAUCUAACUCUUGGCAUGCCACCCCAUUCUGACUAUGGCUUCCUUACACUGCUUCUUCAAGAUGAAUUAGUUAAGGGUCUUCAAAUUCAACACCAAGGGAGAUGGGUAACCGUGGAACCCAUUCCUAACUCUUUUGUCAUUAACGUGGGUGAUCAUCUUGAGAUAUUUAGCAAUGGGAGAUACAAAAGCGUACUUCAUAGGGUUCUUGUCAAUCACGCAAAGUCUAGAAUCUCCAUUGCUUCAUUGCACAGUUUACCUUCCAGCAGAAAGAUUCGACCGUCUCCGAAACUCAUCAACGAGGACAGUCCAAAGCUUUACAAAGAUACAGAUUUUGCAAGUUUUAUGGAAUACAUUACAUCGUGUGAACAUAAGAAUAAGAAUUUCUUGGAAUCCAGGAAACUGAAUGUUGGAAACGAAAAAUAAACCAGAGCAGUGUUGUCCUUUUGACUUUUUGUAGGACAAAUAUUUAUUAUCAUUUAUCUAUAGCCAGCAAAGAUAAUAAAAUGAGUGAGAGAGAGAGAGAAAUUGUAUUCUAGAUUUUUAUGGAGAAUAAAGGCUUAUAUCUACUUCUCUAUCAA